AUGGUCGUCAAUGGCUGUAACGCUUUCGAAAGGGCAUACCAGUUGGUAACUAGCAGCGAGACAGCAAGGCAUGACGCACCAUAUCCAGAAGGUGUGACAGCAAAUUAUGAAUACUACGAUGGUAAAAAGGCGGCUCUGGGAAGAGAAACGGGGUUGAACUUUUCAUUUGCGCCUCUUGCAGCGGAGUUCGUCUCACCAAACCAAAGCACAGAUCAACUGUACAGUUUUCCUGCUGGCGCGUAUAGUACAGUUGAUUGGUUACUGGAUCGCAUAUACAACAAUGACACAAGAUUGACUGUCCUGCUGGGAGCAGAGGUUUUAACCGUUAACCCACGAUUGGACACACCAAACGACCGGAGGAUCGACAGCAUAACUGUGCGUCAGAAGGAAACAGUAGGGGAGAUACGAACUACAUCUGCCAAAGCCGUCAUUCUCUGUGCGGGGACAGUUGACACAGCUCACAUUGCAAUCCGAAGCGGAAUGCAGAAAAAUGACCAUAGCAACGUGGGUAAAGGGCUGACGGAUCAUUCAAUAUGGGGCACCCGUUUCAAAAUUGUCCCAGAUCAAGGCGAAUCUCUUUCACCUCUGAAACUACAAGCAUGGUGGGACCUACCAAGCGCGUCCCCGUCCUGUUCUUGUGCUUGCGAGGGAACGUGUGAUGAAAGCUGUCGCUGCACUCGAACUGAACACAGGUGUGACUGUGGAUGCGGGCGACCACGAUGUUGCUGUUUGAAUUCAUGCCAAGGGAUGCAGCCCAGAAAGAACCGACAAAUGGAGGAGGUUAGAUGUGAAGGAGACCCGGUGUUGAUUAACAUCUGUGUCAAUGCGAACACAUUUUUGGGGCAUAGUCUGGAAAGAAUGUUUCCUCUUCAAUGUCUCAAUCAGAGAGGGCAAUCUCUCCCACAGGAGAGAACCGAGAACACGAGGACCAACACAGUGAAUGUGACUUUCGAGUUCGCCUCAAAACUUGAAGACAAAAACAGAGUCCUCAACAAAGGUCAGCCCGCGCCGGUCCUGGACAUAUCAGAAUCUGAUGAAAACUCCGGAUGCUAUGAAGCAAUGAAACACAUGACACGCAAUAUUAUGAAAGCUCUGCAGCCUGAGUUGUUUAAUGGCAGAUCCUCUGUGGAUGAGAGGAGAAUUAGGCUAUCAAGAGCAGAAUUCGGGGCAGUUGCUCAUGAAGUAGGAACAAUGCGAAUGGGUACACAGGACGAUGCAGCUGCCGUUGUUGAUGAGAAUCUCAAAGUUAAAGACUGGAAGGGUUUGUAUGUCUGUGACCUGUCGGUUUUCCCAGCAUCUCCAGCGGCCAAUCCGUCGUUGACGUUAGUGGCACUUGCUAUGAGACUUGCAAACUACCUGGUGGAAAAGAGUGGGUAG